AUGAGGGUUUUUUUCUUCAUUUCUCUUCUAACAAGUAUUCAUGUUUCACUUCUAUCAAACCCAGUCAUUGCGGUGGAUCCAAAUAAAGGUUUUAGUAUGAAGAUAAUUCAUAUGAACUCCAAAGAAUCACCAUUAUAUGUAGGUGACAAUUUAACACGGGUCGAAAAGCUUCAAAGACUCGCCAAACAAUCCAAAGCUCAGGCAAUUUACAUCGAGUCCCAAAUAUUACUCCAAAGUAAUGCAACACGAUCCAUGGUUCCAGAUGAUAUACAAAUGCCUGCAGUUUACGAAGCAUCAGGGUCAUACGUUGCGAAGGUUGGUUUGGGUACGUUUCGUGGUGGAGAAAAAUCAUUCAUGGACUACUAUUUGAUUAUUGAUACAGGCAGUGAUCAGACAUGGCUUCAAUGUGAAGGUGCCACUAAAACUUUCAAUCAAGAUAUGCCACUUUAUCCUUGGAGUUUGUCAACUACAUAUCGUCAUGUUCCUUGUAACGGACAUCCUUAUUGCUUUAGAGAUAAGUGCAAUGCUUAUGGCCAAUGCACUUACUCAGUACGUUAUGGGACUGGAUCAGUUUCAUCUGGUAUUGUUGCUACAGAAAAAUUCACUUUUGGCUCAAAUACUGGUGGCGUUGAAAAUAUUGAAUUACAAAUAGGUUGUGGAUUAAGCCAAGAGAAUUUUGAUGUCGGCGAUAAUCAUUUAAAAGAUAAGCCUAAUCUUAUUACAGGAAUACUUGGUUUAGGAAAAGGACAGUUGUCUUUUGUAAAUCAAUUAGCUGCUGCUGGACAAGGUAAAUUUUCCCACUGCUUUGAGACAUACAACAAAAAACUUGAGGGAUCAAACACAUAUUUAAGGUUUGGUGCAGCUGCCACAAUCGGAGGCGCGUUUCAGAAAGUAUAUGUAACUCCCCUUGUUGAGACUACGUUCGAGACGCCGCUCUAUUACUUAAAUCUUGAAGACAUCAGUGUCGGUAACAACAGAGUAAGAUUUCCCACAGGUACCUUCAAGGUUAAGUUGGAGGAUGGUCAAAUGAAAGGCGGUGCUAUCAUAGAUUCUGGUUCUACGUUUUCCAUGUUGCAUAAAGAUCAUUUUGAUAGAGUUGCAGAUUUGGUGAAGGCACAUUUUAAUAGACUUGGAGUCGAAUAUAUAGGUUCACAAUAUAAUUAUGAUGUUUGUUUCCGUUUACGUGGAAGAUUUGAUAAUAAUAACUAUCCUUCUAUUACCUUACAUUUCCAGCAGGCGGAUUAUAUUAUUCAAGAUUAUAAAGCUAGUUUCUUGACUCUAACUAGAGAAAUUGUUUGUUUGGGCAUUAUGCAAGGAUAUAAGACUAGAGGGCCAACUUUUAUUUUAGGAGCAAUGCAACAAACAAAUAAACGUAUUUUGUAUAAUCUCAAUGAUCUUUCGCUCUCAUUCGCUACAGAACAUUGUGAAUUAGAUUCAUGA